AUGAAUUCCAAAGGUGAGGGUUUCCUGGCCAGAGGUACCCCAGCUGAGGCUCCAGAGAUGGCCCUGGUCCCGCCCAGUGUCCGGGAAGCAGAGCAGAGGCCAGGUGCCUACACAGCACGCUUUCUAGGGGUCCAAGCCCCUGUCACCCCUCCUCAAAUCACCUUCUACGAGGACCCGGGCUUCCAGGGCCGCCACUACGAGUGCAGCAGUGACCACCCGAACCUGCAGCCCUAUUUCAGCCGCUGCAACUCGGUGCGCGUGGACAGCGGCUGCUGGAUGCUCUAUGAGCAGCCCAACUACUCGGGCUGCCAGUACUUCCUGCGGCGCGGGGACUACCCGGACUACCAGCAGUGGAUGGGCCUCAGCGACGCGGUCCGCUCCUGCCGCCUCAUCCCCCACACCAGCUCCCACAGGAUCAGGAUUUAUGAGCGAGAGGACUACAGGGGCCAGAUGGUAGAGAUCACCGAGGACUGCUCCUCGCUUCACGACCGCUUCCACUUCAGUGAGAUCCACUCCUUCCAAGUGCUGGAGGGCUACUGGGUCCUCUACGAGAUGCCCAACUACCGGGGGCGGCAGUACCUGCUGAGACCGGGGGACUACAGGCGCUACCACGACUGGGGGGCCACGAGUGCCCGAGUGGGCUCUUUGAGGAGAGCCACGGAAUACUAUUGA